GGCAAGAUACGAAGGGUUUGAGGGUGAACCAUCCGAGUGAGGACCAGGAUGGUCCUCCGCCGUGGGCGAUGGUGGCCGCCACCGGUGGUGGGGUGACGUCGACGGCGGGUAGGGCGUCGCAGGGGCAGAACCAGCGCCGCGACGCCACGGCAUACACAGUCGCGGCUCGAACGCCGUCCCAUACGAGUGUGUCGUCCUCGCGGCUCGCGCGUACUCUUUUCAACGGCGCGUAUAUGCCCGCGGUCCGUUCGCUCUGAGGUCAGGGAUCCUGGACCGACGCACGUUCCAAGCAAUCCUUGUAAUCGCGAUCGACGGGGGAAAAAAAGAAACGAUGGACACCCGUUGCGAACACGGUGAAUCGGGAAAGACGAGACUUGGCACCCGGAGAGCAUGAUCGCAGUAGUGUCGAACGAGAGCUUGACAGUUUGUGAGCCAACCGCGUCGUAUCGUAUCCUGGUCUCGGUUUUCGCAGUGAUCUCGAGGACUCCGCGAGGAUCGGUUCGAGUUGUGACGAAUUUCGAGUUGGUGGCAAACUAGCAGUUUCUUUAAUCGAUCCGAUCGAAGCACUUGCCCGUGUUGCGUACUCGAGUCUUUUCACGAGUGUAUAGUCGAGAGCGAAUAAAGGGAAGGACAGAGUAUUUGGGAAAGUUACGACGAAAUUUGCCAAUAGAUUCGUUACGAUCGCGUCACGUCCCGCCGACACGUGUGCUCCUUCGAGUCCUGGUCACAAGUGCGCGUCCACCCCCUCCAAGCGACAUCGAUCCGAUCUCGUGUGUCGAUUUCGCAGACGGGAAUAAAUUGAAUCGGUGAAAUUAAUUGAAUUUGUCGCGAGCUACGAGAGCCUCGCCUCGAGGUGCGCGUCCUGCAUGAUAUUAGAGGAAUUAUUGUAACCGUCGUUGCGGAUCGAGAGGGCAGUAUGAGUCUGUGUGCGAAGGUAUGGCUGUGACAACCUGAGCGGCGCUCGCGGUUGCGGGAAACGUAGAAUUAAAGAGGACCGAUAAACGACCGGUGAGCAUUGUCGAAGCAAUAGGUGACAGUGUGAAGUUCAAUUAGAAAGGAAAGAGAGCAAAACAAAAAAUAGCAUGGCGGCGACUUCGGAGUCCCGGGACAAUUAUUGAGAGACUCUCUACGAGGGAAUGGAUCUUCAGAGCGCUAUGGACACGUUUGUAGAGGCAUGGAUGGCUGCUAACGCGAAAACGGAUCAAGUACAGAGCCAAGCUUUGGCAUUGACGCACAAGGCCUCGCCACCCUCGAGGCCCAGCAGCGUGUCCUCGUUACCGAGGAGCCCCCAGUCGCACCAGUCCCAACAGUCCCAGCCGCAGAACACAGUUCAGCAUCCGUCGGCGCAUCCUCACCAAUCGCAGACACCUCUCAGUGCCCCCCACACGCCAUUUUCCGCGCACGGCCAGCAUCCGAAACAAGAAGCGAACACCAGCCCCAAGCAGGAAGGUUUCGAUCUCAGCAAGUCCGCCUCCAGCACAGGAAAGAAUCUCCCAGUGCAUUGUGUUGUCGAAACGAUUCACAACAUAGUUGAGAGUCAUGUGAGCAACUCCCGUGAGAAUUGGCGGAGACCCCAAGUUGAAAUGGACUCCUAUGUUAUCAUCCCCGUGGCCAUGCCUUUCCAAGAAUUAGUGGGCGAAGCACUGGUACGUCUUGGCUAUUCGAGCGACCUGAUACCGAGCGCCAGAGGAAGCAUCGUCAUACGAAACUGGAAACCAUUGCCAAUGGAGAAGGUCGCCGAAGGUCCUCUAUUGACAGUGGGCGACAUCCUGGCCGAACUGACGUCAGUGGCGACCCUGAAGAUCGAGGUGUACAGAUCGAGACCACCUCCGCCUAGUCCAGCUGCCGAAGUUAGAAAUAAAUUGUUAAGACUGCUGUUACUGCACAGUCAUGCACUCCUCGUGUCAGCUGGUUGCCCCUUGGACGAGAUGACAUUGUUAUCUCUAUGUAGAGGUGGGAACGAGUUGUCGGAGGAGACCAAGCGGAACUUCGAGUCGUGGCUGCAACAGCAACAGUUGGGUUUGGGUCUGAACCCAAUCGUGCCUUCCUCGAAUCACCAUCAUCAUCAUCACACGCAGAGCGCCCAGCCGGACGGCGGGAGCACCAUAGAAUCCGCAGGCAGCGCUAUCGGUCCCCCUCACCCUGCGAUGCUCCAAUACUCCCACAAAACUAGAAUGAGGACUAGUUUCGACCCUGAGCUAGAAUUGCCGCGUCUUCAACGAUGGUUCGGCGAGAAUCAGCACCCUUCGCGCCAGCAGAUACAGCAUUACGUCUCGGAGUUGAAUGCCCUGGAGUCUCGUCGAGGCAGGAAGCCUUUGGACGUGAACAAUGUCGUCUACUGGUUCAAAAACGCCAGGGCUGCCCAGAAGAGGGCUGAGAACAGGGGUGUAAAUGGCUACAGCCCCCCGGGACUCAGCCCUAGAGGCGCCAGCGUCGUUAGCGAGGAUUGCACUGACGAAGAAGAGGACUCCAGACAUCAGUCAACCUCGCCAUCUCCCUGCCCACCAGGAAGCCCUCCAGUCGGCCCACUGUCGUUGACGACCAGACCCGAAGAUCAGCAACCGCCACCGUCGACGCCGUCCUCGGUGAAGCAGGAGGACGCCAGAGUAUCCUCCGGCUCCGAGGACGAGGAGGCCAGGCCCACCGGCCCCCUGCCGCCAGGAUUCUCUUUGGUGCCCAGUCCGAUGUUUGGCCACGGGAUUAUGUACAUGUCACCUUAUUUGCCGCCACGCGGACCGGCUGGCUGCUCCACCAGCAUGCUAGAUGAAAGGAGGAAGAGAAACCGGACAUUCAUCGAUCCGGUGACGGAAGUGCCGAGGCUCGAGGCUUGGUUCACCCACAAUACUCAUCCCAGUCACGCGCUAAUUCUGAAAUACACAGAGGAGCUGAACCGGAUGCCGUAUCGACAGAAGUUCCCGCGUUUGGAGCCGAAAAACGUGCAAUUCUGGUUCAAGAACCGUCGCGCCAAGUGCAAGCGCCUGAAAAUGGCCCUGUUCGAGGGCGAAUCGCCGCAACCGCAUCCGUAUCACGCAGACUAGCUUCCCGCUCCCUCAAGUAACGUAAAUUAGAAGCAACCGUGAAGCCAGAAUGCAUUACGACCAUGUACCGCAAACACGAGACGAGGACGAAGGAGGAGAAGUAAACAUCGUUAAUCGACCUGUUAUUCCUUAAUAUCGUUGACUUGUAAACCACGCACGACGGGUUGCAGAUUUAUUGUAAUUAUUGCAUAACGAUUAAUAUAAUUAUUAUGGACCUUGAUGAAUGUACAUAUGAGAAUAACGUCGAAUAAAAACUAUACGUCACGAUAUGAAGUGUCUUCGAUCCUACCUCCUAUAUGAUUUAUGUUGUCGUGCUUUCGUGUUGUAAACAAUUUCUAAUCAUUUUUAUUUAUCAUACUCACAAUAUUUAUUUCAAAUUUGUGAUUCUAUUUUUACCUAGAAGAGCUGAGAAGUAGUUGAAAAUAAUUAUUCCGUUUUAUAUAUAAUUGAUACAGUUUGUUCUUUUUUUUUUUUUUUUUUUUUUUUUUUUUUUUU